AUGGCUCAUUACAGCGAGGAAGUUGAUCCGGCAUUUAGAGGAGCUGGGGCCAACCCUGGUUUGGAAAUAUGGUGCAUAGAGAAUCUUCGGUUGGCUCUGGUCCCCAAAUCUUCGUACGGGAAAUUCUUUUCUGGAAGUGCAUAUCUAGUUUUAAAUACACUUUUGCUUAGAAGUGGCUCUCCUCAACAUGAGAUACAUUAUUGGCUUGGAAGGGAUGCAAAAGAGGUGGAUGCAAACCUCGUAUCAGACAAAGCUCUUGAAUUGGAUUUGGCCUUGGGGUCCCAUGCUGUGCAAUAUCGAGAAGUUCAAGGUGAAGAAACUGAAAAGUUCUUGUCAUACUUCAAGCCUUGCAUCAUUCCGCUGGAAGGGAUAUUUUCUUCAGGACAAGCAAAUGUUGACUCUAAUGCAUACAGGAUCAGCUUGUUAACAUGCAAGGGAGAUCGUGUUGUUCAUGUUAAAGAAGUUCCUUUUACUCGGUCAUCUCUGAACCACAAUGAUGUGUUCAUACUUGAUACGGCAUCCAAAAUUUUUCUGUUCAGUGGUUGCAACUCCAGUACUCAAGAAAGAGCUAAAGCUUUAGAGGUGGUUCAAUAUAUUAAGGAAAAUAAGCACAGUGGGAAGUGUGAUAUUGCAACGAUAGAAGAUGGAAAAUUUGUGGCUGAUCCUGAUGUUGGUGAAUUCUGGAGCUUAUUUGGUGGUUAUGCUCCCAUUCCAAAGGAGUUGCCCUCGAACAACCAGCAACUGGCUGAGAUUCUUGCCACCAAGUUAUUCUGGAUAACUACUCAGGGAAAACUUAAUCAGAAUGCAUCUGGUUUAUUAACUAAAGAGAUGCUGAGUUCAGACAAAUGUUACAUGUUGGAUUGUGAAGCUGAGCUUUAUGUUUGGAUGGGAAGAGGCACCACAAUUACAGAGCGCAAAACAUCAAUUUCAGCUGCAGAAGAGUUUUUGAGAUCUCAGGGGAGGUCACAUGAAACCAAGUUAACUUUUCUGACAGAAGGAUCAGAAACCGAUUCAUUUCGGUCAUACUUCAACGAUUGGCCUAAACAUGUGGAGCAGAAGCUGUAUGAAGAAGGUCGAGGAAAAGUAGCAGCAAUUUUCAAGCAUCAGGGUUAUGAUGUAAAAGAACUUCCAGAUGAGGACGAAGAAGAUCUUGUCUUUUUGGAUUUAUCUGGUGAAACAAAGGUUUGGGGAGUAGAUGGUGAUAAUUCAAACAGCUUACCGCUCGAAGAACCUAUGAGGUUUUACAGUGGGGAUUGCUACAUCAUACAGUAUACCUAUCUCCACAGGGGCAGGGAAGAGAAUUUAUUCUAUGCUUGGCUUGGACAAAAUAGUCUCAAAGAAGAUAGAUUACAGGCAAUCUCAUUUAUGAAUGAUCUUGCGACAUCGGUCAAGGGAGACCCGUCAAUUGCUAAGAUUGUUGAGGGCAGUGAACCUCCUCAAUUCUUUUUGAUUCUCAAGACUUUGAUUGUUUUCAAGGUUGUAAGCAGAAAUUUUCUUUUCCAGUGUAUCUGGGGUAAGGGUACAAGAUAUAAGACAUUGCUUGCGGAAAAAGGAAAUACUGAUGAAACAUAUGAUGACUCUAAGCCCGCUUUGUUUCAAGUUCAAGGAUCAAGUUCGUCCAACAUGCAAGCCAUUCAAGUUGACCAAGUAUCAAGUUCUCUGAAUUCAUCUCAUUGCUACAUACUAAAGACUGAAACUUCUGUAUACAACUGGAUAGGGAAUCUCACUUCUGUGAGAGAUCUUGAUCUUAUCGACAGGAUGCUCAACUUGAUGAACCCAACAUGGCAAGCUGCAUUGGUAAGAGAGGGUAAUGAGCCUGAAUAUUUCUGGACUGCGUUGGGUGGAAAGGCUGAAUAUUACAGAGAAAAGAAAGUUAAAGAAUUCAGGGAAGAUCCUCAUUUGUUUGUGGUCUCAUCUUAUGAGGUUGAUUUGAAGGUGAAAGAGAUAUUCAAUUUCUCCCAGGAUGAUUUAACUACAGAAGAUGUGCUGAUUCUUGACUGCCAUUCUGAAGUUUUUGUGUGGGUUGGGCGCCAUUCAUCUGUUGAAUCUAAGCAUCAGGCUCUUGACCUUGGCGUGAAAUUUGUUGAGAAAGGCGGUUCACUUGGAAGGCUUCCUUCGGAAAUUCCGGUCUAUGUUGUUGCUGAAGGGUGUGAACCACCAUUCUUUACUUGCUUCUUUGAAUGGGAUCCCUCAAAAGCAAAUAUGCUCGGCAACUCAUUUGAACGCAAGCUUGCUAUACUGAAGGGAAAGACACAAAAGCUUGAGGUGACUCUAAGAAGUUCGUGGAAAGCAUACUCUAUUGAAAAUGGCUCAGCUGAUUCAAAAAGUCAGUCCAACGGCAGAAAUGGGCGCAGACAAAGUUCAUCACCUGUGUCAAGCUUUUCUGGCUUGAACUUAAAAUAUUCAGAUGUCCGUCGCUUAAGCAGCCCACCUUCAGUCACGACAAACUUUUUGCCUGGAUCUCCUGAUCAAAAUGCUGCUGGUUCUGCAGAUGGAGUUUCAAAGUUGAGUCCUCAAAGCACUGGUCCGUCGAGUCUUGAUGAGAAUGAGAGUGAUGCAAAUCUGGUGGUACAUCCAUAUGAUCGACUGGUGGUGGUUUCAAACAACCCAGUGACCGACAUUGACAUAACCAGAAGAGAGGUACCCUUGUAUAUAUACCUGAUACAAAUUCUGGUGAUUGCCAUCUAGGAUCGAUAAGUAGAUUAUUAUCAAGUAUUUUAAUCUCGUCGUCAUUAACUAUUUUGUUUCUUACCAUUGAUGUUGAAUGCCUUUUGCUAAAGUCUUGAAAUAUCUACUCAUUUGCUGCAUGCAAUUGACUAAUCCCAAUGCAGUGGAACUCAAGUCCUUUUUAGCUCUUUUUUUCUUGUCUUUCUGAUAGCAUAGCAAUAAUUAAUUUAUGAAUGAAAACUGGUCUGAGGUACUGAAUGCUGGAACUGUUUGCUUGACCACCAGGCUUAUUUAUCAAACGAAGAGUUCCAAGAGAAAUUCGGGAUGCCGAAGCGGAGUUUCUAUCAGCUUCCCAAGUGGAGACAGAACAAGCUGAAGAUGUCCCUUAAACUUUUUUAAGUUGUUUUUUCCAACUACGUUUAGAACUUAGAUACAGGUGCCACUGUACAAACUCUGAGCUUUUUACUAAGUUUGCAGUGAUAUUUUAGUAUGAUGCGAAUUGAGAGUAAUAGUCCAACCUAAACCCAACCUCAAAAGAUGCUCUUUGAGUCAUUAAUUCAAAUUUAGGGUUGUGAUUUUACUUGUUUUAGUAUGAAAAAGUGCCUAGGUUGUGAUUUUAUGUUUGUUUUUAUGAUCUGAGGGAAAAUUAUGUAUUCAGUAUGGUAUAGCUUGAGACAAACCGUACCUAGAUAUGAUCUCCAUUCAUUGUGUAUGAUAGUAGUGUCUUAUAAUGGCGUAUUUCAUAUGGUUGUUAAAAAUAUCUCAUUUAAAGGAGAUAACCCUUUCAUCUG